CCUUUUUUUUAGAUGAUAGAUUUCAUCCUUUUCCUCUGCGAGGCCUAGCCUUCGAACUUUCUGGUGAUCGCCAUGGAUAGAUCCAUCUCCUUCUGUAAUCCACCUCUUGUUUAAAAUAGUCAUCUAUUUCAAUUUCUAUGUAUAGAUCGUCAUAGAAUUAGAAAUAGAAGCAUAAGUACUAAUAUCGGAAGAAAAAUCAUGGCAGAGUCCUACAUGGCGGAUGUAGGAGCCGUAGUCGAUUACGCGCAGCGGCCGAGCGAGCCCGUUCGUUUGCAGUCCUUUGUCCAGCUUGCUUCGUUCCAUGUCGGCAAGGAUCCAGGCGACGAGUCAGAGCUGGUCGGGGGGCGCGUUCGACUCUGGCUCUACUGGAUCGACCACCGAGUCGCGAACUGGCCUGAAAACACGCCUCUGCCGUCCGCUUUGUGGCGGCCUGAGUGCGGCAUCAUGUGGCGGCUAAAGCGCGUCCUCGACGACGACGAAAUCGCGAAGAAAAAGAGCAGUGUAGUUGUCACUAACACUACGGCUGAACAGAAGGAAAGCCAAGAAGCAGCGGCUGGGUUUCAGCACAUGCCACAUUAAGGCUACUAGUUUUUCACUAUCUCGACUUUACUCAGGUCACCGGCCUCGGUGCACGACGUUGACUUUAUUCAGCUCGCCCAAUCAAGAUACAUGCGCUGUGCCCAUCUUGCGUAUGCUGAUCACGAUAAC